AUGACGGCGCCUGCAACAGUCGUGCCGUCUCUCGACGUUGCACAGGAAGUGGUCGCCAAAUCGCUGAAUUCUCAAUACCCUCCAAAUGUGCUCCCCUUGACCGCCUCGAUUCCUGCCGAUCUUCUCACGCCAACUGUUGCAUAUCUGAAGAUUGCUGCCAAAUCGAAACUGUCGUUUUUAUAUGAGAGUGCCGCGACGACCGAGACCAUAGGACGAUAUAGCUUUGUUGGCGCAGACCCUAGAAAAGUCAUCAAAACCGGCCUCGGCCACGGCCCCGAGUGCGAUCCGCUCCCGCUUCUUGAGAAAGAAUUGUCCGAGGUCCGCAGCGCGACGAUACCAGGACUGAAACUCCCUCCCCUGACCGGCGGCGCCAUUGGAUAUGUCGGGUACGACUGUGUGCGAUACUUUGAGCCCACGACGGCUCGCCCGCUCAAGGACGUGCUCGGCGUCCCCGAAUCCCUCUUUAUGCUCUUCGAUACCAUUGUUGCGUUUGAUCACUUUUUCCAGGUUGUCAAAAUCAUCACCUAUAUCCCCAUUACUGCAGGGGGUGCUCAGCUAGAGGAGGCGUAUCGAAAGGGCCAACAGGUGAUCCAAGAGAAAAUCAACAUUCUACUACAUCCAGAUAUCCCGCUUCCGCCGCAGGGCCCUAUUCUUCCGAACCAAGAGUAUAAAUCGAAUAUCGGCCAAGCAGGCUACGAAAGCCAUGUGACGAAGCUCAAGGAGCACAUCAAGGUCGGAGACAUAUUCCAAACCGUGCCGUCGCAACGACUAGCUCGUCCGACCACCCUACACCCGUUCAACCUAUUCCGACACCUUCGCUCCGUCAACCCUUCACCCUAUCUAUUCUUUAUCGACUGCGGCGACUUCCAGCUCGUGGGUGCCAGUCCAGAGCUGCUGGUCAAGGAAGAAAACGGCCGCAUCAUCACUCACCCAAUUGCCGGCACGGUCAAGCGAGGCAAGACGUCCGAGGAAGACGACGCCCUGGCCGCCGAGCUGCGAGGCAGCUUGAAAGACCGCGCCGAACACGUCAUGCUCGUGGAUCUGGCUCGAAACGACGUGAACCGAGUGUGCGAUCCCAUCACCACGCAGGUCGACAGACUGAUGGUUGUCGAACGAUUCUCUCACGUGCAACAUCUCGUUUCCCAAGUAUCAGGUGUUCUUCGUCCGGAUAAGACCCGAUUCGAUGCCUUUAGAUCCAUUUUCCCCGCCGGUACUGUGUCCGGAGCACCCAAGGUGCGCGCCAUGCAGCUAAUCGCUGAAUUGGAAGGCGAGAAACGCGGCGUCUACGCCGGCGCUGUGGGCUACUUUGGCUACGACAAGUCAAGUGCGGACGGAUCGAGCGAGAUUGCUGGUGACAUGGAUACCUGCAUUGCCCUGCGCACGAUGCUUCUCAAGGACGGCGUUGCUUACCUACAAGCUGGAGGUGGUAUCGUCUUUGACUCUGAUGAAUACGACGAGUAUGUAGAGACUUUGAACAAACUGGGUGCCAAUAUUGCGUGCAUCAAGGGCGCGGAGGAAAAGUAUUUGCAGUUGGAAAAGGAGGUUGCGGCUGCUGGGCAAUGA